UUUCUACCUGCACCCAUCACGGCUAAAUCAUUCGUUGACCAACUCAGUUUGGACGGUGGUCAUCAAUGAUUUUGCUAUCAAGUUUGUGGUGAUGGCGCUGAAGUGCUGCGUUGCCAUGCUUCACACGGCCAUCAUUCCCUAUCGCCGCAAGGGCAAGUACUACCUGCUGUUGGAGAACUUAUCACACUCGUACCGCACUCUCAUACCGAUACCCGUGUGGGUGUGUUACUUUGCCGACCGGCACACGACCGGCCUUGCCUUCUGCAUCGUCAGCAUCAUCGCCUACGUCAUCAUUAAGUGUUUGGCACUGAUGCGCAAAGCCAGGCGGUUACAUGAUGCCAGCAAAGUGUUCUUCAAAGAUCGGCGUUAUGGAUGCCGUCCGUCGGGUGAUGCACUGGCGCAAGCUGGAAGCUCUUGUCCCAUCUGCCAAGAAGAUCUGAAGGAGCCUACGAUGCUGCCUUGUCGCCACAUCUUCUGUGAUGAUUGUGUGUCCAUGUGGUUUGACCGGGAGCGCACCUGUCCGCUUUGCCGAGCGCUGGUUGCUGACGAUCCUCAGUGGAGAGAUGGCGCUACGUCGAUUUCUGUACAUAUCUUCUGAGAGCCGUUUAUGCCGAUCACGUCCAUGAGACCCAUUUUGAGCCAGUAUUCACCUUUCAUUGCCUUUUUAUUGACAUUUAACCAGAUUCCGUGA